AUGACUUCUCUGGGCUCACAGCUCUGCAGGGCAGCAUUCCUGACAGCCCUCCUGCUGCUGCUGUGGGUGAAGCCUCAGAAAGGGAGCCCAGGCCCUGGCGAGGGGAGCUCAGGAGAGAAAACACCCUCUCCAGACCAGAAUCAAGAGCAGUUCGAAGAGUACUUUGUGGCCUCAUCAGUGGGUGAGAUGUGGCAAGUGUUGGACAUGGCCCAGCAAGAGGAAGACCAGCCAUCCAAGGCAGCAGCUAUCAGGGACCACCUUUUACACCUAGCCUUCUGCUUCAACCUGGCCAGCAUCAUGGUUUUUUUAUGA